GGGAAAUUGGGGAAGAUGUCAAAAAAGUUAUAAAAUGAUAUCACUAUUGCUACAUUUGUUGAUUUAUUAUUAAGGUUUUGUUAAUGCUUUGGGCGUCUUUAAAAGGCGCAGACAAAUCAAAUGUUUUAUUAUGAUGAUUAUGAUGAUUAUGAUGAUUAUUAUGAUUUUUAUGAUUCAUAAUCAUAAUAAUACAUUUCAUGGAUAAUCUUUGUUGCUCCACGUUUCAUCCUCACAACAAGUUCACUUUGAAACCUGACAAACAAACAAACAAACAAACAAACAAAAUCAUGUCAAGUUUUUUUUUCCUUCCAGUUUUUCUCUUAACCGUACAUUUGCAGCAGAUCACAAAUUAAGUUCUUCUCUUGGUUAUGAUCAUUUUUGUUGACGAGUCUCUGGUGAGUCACGUGUCUGCUUCUGAGAGCUGACGUCACUGUCCCGAUGCGUUCAGAUGAAUGACGUCACGUUGAUGAGCUCAGGCCCGCGCGCGGGGGUCACAGAGGUCAGAGCGACCGGCGCGAUGAAAUAAAAGUUAGAUCUCAGUGACGCGCGUCCACCGACAACAAAAUGGCUGUCGGCGGCGCGGCCAGUGCGCAUGCUCGGCGCACCUCUGGCGGAGGGCAGGGCAGGUAUCAGCGCGCCGCCGCUUGACUGACACACACACACACACACACACACACACUCCAGCACGCGGCGGCGAGGAGACACCGACUGAUCCGAGUCCCGCAGCCCCGCCGCUCUCUGCUCGAACCCGGCUGCCGCCGCAGCAUCGCCCCGCUCCUCGUCCCGGACACUUCCACAAGGAGGAGUUGGGUUUGGUCCGAGUCUGAACCCGCGGCCGCGGCGCAGCGCAGCCGGGACACCGCCCCGGACCCAGGUGAGAGGCAACUUCACCCGCCUCCAGGUGCGAGAGAACCGGGACUUACGGGAGGACCGCCGGGGAGAGAGAGGCAUGGCUCUCCGGGGGGGGCUGGCUCUCUGAAGUGGACUAACCGGAGCGAUCGAUCGAAGCUGCACCGUGUCCCGCUCAGCUCCAGGUGCGUCACCAUGUUCCAGCGCAGCGGCAAGAAAUGCUUCACCAUCGAGUCCCUGGUCGGGAAGGAGGCGAGCGGCCACGGCUCCGGGGAUGAGCCCAUCCGGCCCACGGCUCUCCGGUUCCCGGAGUCCAUGCACCCAGCGGCCGCCGCCGCCGCCGCCGGGAUCUUCGGCUCCUGCUUCCAGGGCAGCAGCGGGAGAACUUUGUACUCGGCCGGGCCGGACAUGGUGCUGCAGGAGCCCGGGCCGCACGCGCAGAGCCCCGGCGCGCUGCCGCUGCACCCGCUGCAGAUCCCCCCGCAGGGCUUCUUCAGCCCGCAGCACCGGGACGCGCUCAGCUUCUACCCCUGGGUGCUGCGGAGCCGCUACCUGGGACACCGCUUCACAGGGGACGACACCAGUCCGGAGAACCUUCUGCUUCACGGUCCGUUCUCCAGAAAACCCAAACGGAUCCGGACGGCGUUCUCUCCGUCUCAGCUGCUGCGUCUGGAGCGAGCCUUCGAGAAGAAUCACUACGUGGUCGGAGCCGAGAGGAAGCAGCUGGCCAGCGGGCUGUGUCUGACCGAGACGCAGGUGAAGGUUUGGUUCCAGAACCGCAGGACGAAGCACAAGCGCCAGAAGUUGGAGGAGGAGUCUCCAGAGGCUCUGCAGAAGAGGAAGGGGAGUCAACACGUCAGCCGCUGGAGACAAGCCACGCAGCAGGUCGGCGGCGAGGACGUGGACGUCCUCAGCGAGGACUAGACUGCACACACACACACACACACACAAAGACACACACACACACACGCAGGCACACACUUACACACACACACACACACACAGCUCACCUCUCUGAGGACUGACGGUCCCUGAAGGCAUCGGCCAACAGCAGGACGUCUGACGGACACGACUCCCCUGUUGAGGACAAGUUGACGAUGGGAGGAGCUUAACAAACUGUGACUUCCUGUUGGACUGACGAGGAAGACGUGACGCUUCUGAGAGGCGGAAAUAACGAAACAGCCGUUGACUGAAAAACUCGCCGUUCCACUUUGGUGCCAAACGAAACCAGCGUCCCGAAAAAAAACCCUUCAGAGGACGAGAGAGGAGAAGCUGCUGCAGGUUCCUGAGCGUCUGUCGACAGCAGACGGGGACGAGUUUCACUCGGCGGGAAAUCUGCUUUGCACGGAAACAGCGAGCCUCGUCUCUGUGAACUUCACUGAACCAACGUUAAAGUAAAAAAAUCCUCCGUCUGUGAUGGUCGACACGUCUCCACUGAAGCGUCAGGUGAUCUGACGCCUCGCAGGUUUUAGUUCCACCAUGACAAGUC